AGAGGCUUUAUAACAUGUGCGUAAAAAGUAAAUUUAUAUUGAUUUCAAAAUAUUUACCUCCAAAAACCCUUUACGCAUGACUGAGCGCGCGCGUAAUAAUUAUUUUUUUCUUCUGACUGUUUUCUUUUGCAAAGUUGUUGCUUUUUCCCCGCAGCAGGAACUUGCUUCUCCAAAUGCGGGAGGCACAAACUCCUCUGCGUCCGCGCGUCCAAUCAGCGGGAAGUCUGCAGCGCGUUCCUGCUGUCAUUGGACAGGGACGGCGAAGGCGAAGGAAAACGCAGCUUUGGCACAAAGUAAACUCUUGCGUGUCUGCUGCUGUGCGCUGUGGAAAGACGCGCCGGAUGGAGGAUGGUUGCAGAGAUUUGACUGGACCGGCGGAGGGUUUAAAGGUUUUCUCUGCUUUCAGUUCUCUAUAGUCUGUCAGGUGUGGAUCACAGACAUUUUUUUUUUCUGUUUCCAAAGUGGAUUACGCACGGCGCAGCUGCGGGACGCAGGAAAAGUUCUGCAACUCUUUCAUUGGUGCUCAAAAAUAUGAGUUUUUCUUUUUGAGUUUGAGAAAACUUUAAUUUUAUUUUAAGGGAAAAAAAACGAUCGUAUUGACACUUGUGGAGUUUUUUUUAUUUUUAUUAUUACUGACAAAAACUCCCAAAGCUUGAUGGAUUAACACCAACUUUAGUUGGACUCUAGUGAGGACAGCAGGUUAAAUCUAUGCUUUGGGGGAUGGCAGCAGCCACUUCCAGCCCAUACCUCCCCAGCAGCAGAAUCCUAUCCGGCCCGGUGGUCCACUCGGAACGUAGAGGUGGGGGCAUGCAGCCGGGCAGCGCCGCCGUCACCACCGUGUCUGGAGGAUACAGAGGGGAGCCUGCGGUUAAGAUGGUGCAGAGUGACUUCAUGCACGGGGCCAUGGUGGCGAGCAACGGGGGCCACAUGCUGAGCCAUGCCCCCCAGUGGGUGACCUCGCUGCCUCACGCGGCAGCUGCGGCGGCGGCGGCCGCGGCUGCGGCUGCAGAAGCCGGAUCCGCGUGGCCCCCGAGCCCCCAGCCCCAGGAGCUGAAGAGAAACAGAGACGACCUCCACUCCGGCUCCGCUCUGCACCACCGCCCCGCGCAUGUAGGACCCCAUCAGGCGCACCCGGGCGGCUGGGGGGGCUCCUCCGCGGCGCACAUCAGCCUCGGUGAGGGGGGGCAGCAGCAGCAGCCCCUCAUCUACUCCCAGCCUGGAGGAUUUACAGUCAACGGGAUGCUGAGCGCGCACACCGGACAAAGCCUCAUGCACGCGGGGCUGGUGCGCGGGGAGUCACCGGAGCUGGACCACAAUCAUCACCAUCACCACCACCACCACACGCACCACCACCAGCACCACGGCGUGGGCCACGACGCGCAGUCGGACGAGGACACCCCCACGUCGGACGACUUGGAGCAUUUCGCCAAACAGUUCAAGCAGCGGAGGAUCAAGCUGGGCUUCACGCAGGCGGACGUGGGCUUGGCUUUGGGCACCCUGUACGGCAACGUCUUCUCCCAGACCACCAUCUGCAGGUUCGAGGCGCUCCAGCUGAGCUUCAAAAACAUGUGCAAGCUCAAGCCGCUGCUCAACAAAUGGCUGGAAGAAGCCGACUCCACCACCGGGAGCCCGACCAGCAUCGACAAGAUCGCCACGCAAGGCAGGAAGCGCAAAAAGCGCACAUCCAUCGAGGUGAGCGUCAAAGGCGCGCUCGAGAGCCACUUCCUCAAGUGUCCCAAACCCUCCGCGCAGGAGAUCAACUCUCUUGCGGACACUCUGCAGCUGGAAAAGGAGGUGGUCCGGGUCUGGUUCUGCAACCGGCGGCAGAAGGAGAAGCGCAUGACGCCGCCGGGACUCCCGCGCAGCCCCGAGGACGCGUACUCACAGGUGGGCAGCCUGGGACCGGACACCCCGUCCCCCUCCAUAGAGUGCAAGCGGAUGUACAGCGACACAUGAAGAGGAGGAACUCUCCAUCAUUGAUCCCAUUUUUAUGAAUAAACCUCCCUUAAGAAUAUCUGGUGACAUUUUUAUCCAUUGUGUUUAUUUCAGAGCUUCCUUGGGUGUUUCUCUGCACUAUGACUCAGCAUCUGGAAGUAACAAGACGUCUUCAAGCUAAAACAUUUCUUUUUUGCA